GGUGGGAGGGGGGAAUUGGAAAUGCCAAUGCCAUUGAAUCUCUCAUUCAACUCACCUCUUCACUCUGACUUUGAGCAAGCCCCACCUUUUCCCUCCUUUUUUUUUUCUCUCCUUCCUUUUUUAUGACAACAUCCAACAGAGGCCUUAGCUUAUAAAUUUGGGACAUCUUCCCCACUCCAAUCCCCACCAACUCAUUAGCUUGGCUUAGCUUAGCUAGUAAUACCACAACAUCUCCUCAGCCACAGACACAGAGAGAAAGAGAGACUCAACUUGAUAUGGAGAGUAGAGAGCAGGAAGAGACCACUUUUGAUUGGAGAAGCAGACCUUCCAAUCCCAACAAGCAUGGUGGAAUGAAAGCAGCUGCCUUUGUUCUUGGGCUUCAAGCAUUUGAGAUAAUGGCAAUAGCUGCAGUUGGGAAUAACCUCAUAACAUAUGUGAUAAAUGAGAUGCACUUCUCCUUGUCACAGUCAGCCAACGUAGUCACCAACUUCAUUGGAACAGUCUUCAUCCUGGCUCUCCUUGGAGGCUACCUCUCUGAUUCUUAUCUUGGCUGCUUCUGGACCAUGCUCAUCUUCGGUUUUGUGGAACUUUCUGGUUUCAUAUUGCUCUCAGUCCAAGCCCAUCUUCCACAGUUGAAGCCACCACAGUGCAACAUGGCAACAAAUGGAGACUACUGUUUGGAAGCAAAAGGUUUCAAGGCCCUAAUCUUUUUUGUGGCACUUUACCUGGUGGCAAUAGGCAGUGGCUGUGUGAAGCCCAACAUGAUCUCCCAUGGGGCAGACCAGUUUAACAAGGAUGAUCCCGAGCAAUCCAAGAAGCUCUCCACCUACUUCAACUCUGCCUACUUUGCCUUCUCCAUGGGUGAGCUUGUUGCCCUAACUGUUCUGGUUUGGGUCCAAACUCAUUCUGGGAUGGACAUCGGCUUCGGUGUCUCAGCGGCAGCCAUGGCAAUGGGGUUGAUUAGUUUGGUCUGUGGGACUCUGCUUUACAGGAACAAGGCUCCUCAAGGAAGCAUCUUCACCCCUAUUGCUCAAGUGUUUGUGGCUGCAAUUCUAAAGAGGAAGCAAGUGUGCCCAUCUAAUCCACAAGUGCUUCAUGGAAGUCAAAGCAAGGUGCCAUACAGCCACUUCUCUGUUUCUUCCAGUGCAGGCACUCUUCUUCAUACUGAAAGGUUCAGGUUUCUGGACAAGGCCUGCAUAAGGACCCAGGAUGAGACAAACUCAAAGGAGAGCCCAUGGAGGCUGUGCACAGUGACUCAAGUGGAGCAAGUGAAGAUACUGAUAUCAGUUAUCCCAAUUUUUGCAUGCACCAUUGUCUUCAACACCAUUUUGGCACAACUCCAGACAUUCUCAGUCCAACAAGGAAGUUCAAUGAACACACAACUCACCAAGAACUUCAGCAUACCUCCUGCUUCACUUCAGUCCAUCCCUUACUCUAUGCUCAUCUUGAUAAUCCCUCUCUAUGAAAAAUUCUUCGUGCCAUUCGCUAGAAAAAUCACCGGCCAUGAUUCUGGGAUCACGCCUUUGCAGCGGAUAGGUUUCGGGCUCUUUGUUGUGACCUUUUCUAUGGUUUCAGCCGCGGUUACAGAGAACAAAAGGAGGAACUUAGCCCUGAAUGAGAACAAGAUAAUAUCCAUCAUUUGGAUCACCCCACAGUUCUUGAUCUUUGGAUUAUCAGAAAUGUUCACAGCAGUUGGUCUCAUUGAGUUCUUUUACAAACAGUCAUUGAAGGGGAUGCAGUCAUUUUUAACAGCCUUGACCUACUGCUCAUACUCAUUUGGGUUCUAUCUAAGCUCUGUACUGGUUUCUAUGGUGAACAAGAUCACAUCUAGCUCAUCUAAUGGUGGUUGGCUGAGUAAUAAUAAUCUCAACAAGGAUAGGUUGGAUCUGUUCUAUUGGUUGCUGGCAGUGCUAAGUUUCCUCAACUUCCUGAACUACCUAUUCUGGGUAAGAUGGUAUUCUCGUAAUCUUUCUGCAUCAGUAUCAUCCACACCACAGCCUGAGUUUAACAGGGAGGAUCAUCAUAGCUUCAACUCCUCAAAACACAUUGGAGAUGCCUAUAUUCCUUGAGUGACAUCAAAAUUUCACUAAAUGAAUGUUCUUUUGACAAUCCCAACAGUCUGUAACACUGAAAAAAGAGGCACACAUAGAGAGGUAUAUGAGGACCCUGGACCCUUCUAGCUAGGUUAGCUAAUAUUUGUAAAAGAAGGGAUUCAGUAUAUAUUCCAAAAGGCACUUUGCAGGUUGAGAAUUUCAAAUACUUGCUACUUUUCCUCGGCAUGAUUUGUUUGACAAUCUUGACACUCUUUUCAACAUUUUAGUUAAGGAUGCAGCUGAGGAAACCAAAAACAUUUCCCUUUUCUAGUGAAUUGUAGAAGAUGCUCAUUAGAAAGAAGAUGCACUUUUCCAAGGGGAGCCUAGUGACCUUUUGAGCAAUUGGUCCCAACCCCCAAGGCUCUGUGGGGGGAAUUAGGUGCAAUCCCAUUGGCAAAAGAUUCAGAAUAUUUUCUCCUCAUUUCACUCCUUCCCUAAACAAACAGGUGUCACUUCUUCAUAAUGGGCAGGACGGGCCUCAUCACGUUCUUUUUGAAUGACACAAAGGA